AUGUUUGUUGACAUGGCUGCAGGACAUCUUUCCGAGGCUGAAGCUGCUGCUGCUGCCGCUGCCGCCGCCGCCGCCGCUGCGGAAGCAGCUAGGCAAUUCGCCAUCGAAGCCUGGACUCUGCUCGGUGUUGCAAUCGUCUUCACCCUGCUGAGGACAUAUUCGCGAUUCAGAGCCGUUGGCAUCAAGAGAUUCAAGGCCGACGACUACCUUCUUUUCUAUGUCGCUGAGACUGCUCUUGCGUACUCGGUCGGCAACGCUGCGAGAGGGUUGGCCAACAAUGGAAUGACUGAUGAAGAGAGACUUGCCUUGGCUCCCGAUGAACCCGAGUACCAGCUGAGGGUUCUCGGCUCCAAGAUCCAGGUUGCUGGAUGGUCGGUUUAUGCACCUUUGAUGUGGUCGCUGAAGGCAUCCUGGCUGGUAUUCUACCUUCGGCUGACGGCCGGCCUUUCCCGCAGUUACUUGAUUCGCAUCUACAUCGGCUUCGGCUUCAUCGGCUGCACCUGCAUCGUCGUCCUCUUGAAUCUGUUCCUCUCCUGCCGACCCUUGCACAGGUUCUGGCAGAUCUAUCCCAACCCAGGAAACGCCUGUCAGCCUGCUUUGUCCAACCCGAUUAUUUGGACAUAUCUGUCGAUGAACGUUUCCACCGACGUGUACCUCCUUUCGAUACCGCUACCUAUGCUCUGGGGAUCGACGCUGAAACUCUGGAAGAAAGUCGGCUUGAUGGCUCUCUUUGGGGGCGGCAUUGCCGUCAUCGCCUGCGCCAUCCUUCGCUGCGUAUUGAUUGUCACCGAUCCUAUCAACGGGGCGCAGCUUGCUGGCUCCUGGGCCAUUCGAGAGAGUUUCAUUGCUGUCAUCGCCACCAACAUGCCCAUGGUCUUUCCCCUGAUCAAAAUGUGGUUUACGCCCGUCUUCGACACUCUGUUCUCGACCCAACGAUAUUCUCGGAAGCUCGAGGACGAGACGCCCCCUGGAUUACGCACGUUCGGCGGCGGCGGCAGCAGCGGGCCCAGCUGGCGCGGCCGUGGCCCUCCCACGGCGAAUCCUAUCACUAACAUAGAACAGAAUGAGAGCGAGGAGAGAAUGGUAGAUGGCACGAUGAUGCAUGAUAUGAGUAGCUCACGAGGCGAUGGUUCUGAUAAGUCUACAAAAUGUCGUGACGUGCAAAAGGAGGUUGAAGUAACGGCUGAAUAG